CCGGACGAGUUUUCGGUCGUCGCGGUGCGGUGCAGUCGCGGUGCGGUGGUGGUCCAUGACACCCGUUAUCGACUUUUACGCGAGUCCCAAAACAUUACGCACUGUCACACACACGCGCAAGCACGCUUACACGGUCGCACACAUACACACGGGGCGCGCGCUUUGUCCCGCUUCAUCUCGCCACCACCGCCGCCGCGUGAUCACAGCCGGGAGAGACGUCGUCAUCGCCGCCGCCGCCGGUCCGCUCCGAACAUCGUACGACGACGAGCGCGCGUGAAUAUUUAAUUAUUUCUGUCGUCGCAUAUCACAUACGAGGGAUAUCGUUUUCGCUGCAGCCUCUCCGCCGCUGCCGCCACAACCACCGUUUGUCAACAAAUGAAAAAGCUGUUUCCCGUGGACUCCGACCAUGGAUUUUACUUCUAGUUCUUUAGAAACCAACGGCACGUACUUCGCAUGCGAAUCUAACCAAGUACCCGGCCGACGGACUCCUCUGAGCGCCGUUGGACUGGGAGGAUAUUAUUUCCCUCAACCGUCGUCCGUGGCCUCUGACGAAAAUAGCCCGGGCCCGGCUUGCCAACAAUUCAAUAAUGGUUCUGACAACAGAAUACCUAACAAUGGUCAAGGUACUUCGACAAUGUCCGGUGUGGGAGGAAAGUCCAAGUCCAAGCAAGGCAAGUCCGUCCGGUUGAAUAUCAACGCCCGGGAGAGGAGAAGGAUGCACGACUUGAACGAUGCGCUAGACGAACUCAGAAGCGUCAUACCAUAUGCUCACUCGCCGUCCGUAAGGAAAUUGUCGAAAAUUGCUACGCUUUUAUUGGCAAAAAAUUACAUUUUAAUGCAAGCAAACGCUCUAGAAGAAUUAAGAAGACUGAUCACUUACAUACAGGCUCAAGGAACAAUGACAAUGCCACCAGGUUUUGAUCUACAGGCUUCGAUGUAUCCCAUUAAACCUUCAUUGGCUUCACCCAACGCUUCACCAGAUUCUCCACAGUCUUAACAUGUUACACCGAUGACCGCUUUUAUAGCAAAAAAUACAAAUAUAAUAAGAUGUAAACAAUAUUAAUGAGUGGAAAAGUUAAACGUAAACAAUACGUCGUUGCGUUGUAUAAUGUGAUUUUCAUACAUUAUUAUUAAAACAUAUUAUAUUAUAUACAUUACACACAAUAACAAUAUUAUAUAUUAAAUUAUAUUAUCAUAGUUGUUAUAAAAACAAAUCGAUUUUAUAUUUUUGACCUGUCUGUAUGAAGUAGACGGACGUUUGAAAAACAUAAUAUUUUGUACAUGAAUGCACAUCUUUGUAACAUAAUAUACUUACAUUAAGCAUAAUGAUUUUGUGUUCAAAUAACCAGACUAAUUAUUGUUAGCCACUUUUCAAUGAAUAAUAUUAUAAUGUAGAGUACCAAUAUUUCUCACACUAUAAACACAUGUAUCAUUUAAAUUUAACAAUUGCUUACGUUUUCUUUAUAUAUAACGGCAGGUAC